AUGCGGCUUCUUCUGUUAAGCCUAGCACUCUUAUAUGCAGUUAAUGCUUCACCGAAGUCUAGGGUAUGUGAAGUUGGGGAUGAGUGUGAUACAUGCACGAUUGCUCACCGCUUAGUUGGACAAUGUGACGACCCUGAAAGAAAACAGUUUUUAUAUUGUAAUCAUAGAACAAAAAAAGUAGGCGUCUCAAACUCGAUGUAUUUGGAAUGUGUCGAUAGAAUUUGGGUUUACCACAUGUGUUCUAGCGAUAAUACGUUGGUUUAUAACCCAACAACUAAGGAGUGUGUUGAUCCAUCUGAAACACUUCAUCAUGCUCAAGGAACUUCUGGUUCUGGAAGAGUCGGAGAUGUUUGUUCUUUCAAUACUGAUUGUCUGGGUGGAAUGUACUGCGCAAUCGGUCAAUGCCGUUGUCUCUCAACUUAUAUCGCUGUUGAUGCUUAUUGCUAUGAAAAGAUCUCUCCUUCGGAGUCUGGUUGUUUUUACGAUGUACAGUGUUCGUCUGUAUGGCCUGACUCAUUCUGUAAGAAUGGACAGUGCAUGUGUCCAAAUGAUGACAUGAUUGCCGUUAAAACAAAGGAUGGAACAAUGUGUGUUUGGGCUACUUCUGCAGAACCUGCUUGUCCGUUACCAUCGCUUCCACCUCCAGACUCUCCAGCCGCUUUGGUGGUGCUACCAGCUGUUGCAGGGAAAAACUCAGUGAGCAUAGCUCCAUGCAACCCUCACAGCUCAAGCAUACCACCUAACGCUGAAUCUCUUCAAAGCGAAGCUCAUGAAUAUAAAUGUGCAGUGCAAGGAAAUAAUGCGAAUGAUCUUUCUCCAGUAGAUGUCUCAGAUCUUUAUGAUUGCAUCGAUAACACCAAAUUCUGGAAAGAACAGGGAGUCCAAGGAAAGAACCAUCCUGUUGGAGUUUGUUGCAUGAACAGAGCGUUCACAUGUAUGCAACCCAAAAAAGGAGAAUCAGAUGCAUUAGGAUCAGUACCUCGGUGGUGGUUCAACAAUGUUAUGGGUUCCUGCCAACAGUUCCUUUUCGAUCCAACAAGUGCUGAUGUUUCUCCCAACAACUUCGAAACAUUAGACCACUGUGAAAGUUUCUGUAAAGACACUUGCCCCCGAGGAAAUCCUGCUUAUCUACCCGCAAAGCAAGAUAUCGGACAAAGUCCUCAUAUUGGUUGCACUUCUUCCAACCCUUGUCCAGAGCCAUACAACUGCUUAGAAGUUGCUAGUCAGAGUCUUUGCUGUCCAUCAAGAAAGAACAUUUGCUCGGAUUCUGGUGCAAGGUUCAAGGAUCCCAGGAGAAAUGUUCCAUAUGAUGCUGGUCUUCGGUUCGAUCAACUAACAGGCGAAGAAGCUAAUUUUGCCAUGGGAAUAAGCACGCGAUAUUACUACAACCCUACUGAUGGUCAAUGUCAUCCGUUUACAUACAAUGGAUUCCUUGGAAAUUUCAAUAAUUUCCAUAAUCAGGCAGAUUGUCAGAUAUUCUGUGCAAGAUUACAAUGUACACAUGGUAAUCCUCUGACGAACGGAAAUGGGUCUCCUCAAAGAUGUCAGCGAGACGUUGAUUGUCCCUCUACUCACACGUGUGCUACCGAACAUGGCGUUUGUUGCCCAUCAUCACAAACUCUCUGUACUGAGCCAUUGAGAAUUGGUGAUUGUAAACAAUCUGUUCGACAGUUUUGGUAUAAUGCUGAGACGAGAACGUGUGAAGCUUUCCAAUAUACUGGAUGUCAAGGAAAUAACAAUCGCUUCAAUACAUUGAAUGAGUGUCAAAGUUUUUGUAAAAACAUCAAUGCUGAACCGAAAUGCCUUCAAGGAAAGGCUUAUGUUGACUUCUCGGGAAAAUACAUGCAAUGCGGAGAGAGUUUAGGAGGUAAUGGAUGCCCCGCCAAUUAUGAAUGUCACUUCGAUGGUCUGGUUCAUGGUUGUUGUCCAAGUAAAGCUUACACCUGUUCUCUUCAAAUGAAUAAGGGAAUAGCAUGCGGCUCCGGUAGCUCCUAUAGAUAUUAUUACAACAACCAGCUGAAGGAAUGCCAAUCAUAUUUGUUCCUGGGAUGUGAUGGAAAUUCUAAUAACUUCCCAACUGUUGAAAAAUGUCAAAGUUAUUGUGAGAUUGCAGUUUGUCCAAAUGGUGGUUCACCCCUCCGAACAAAUUCAAAAAUUCGAACUUGCUCGAACACUGAACCUUGCCCACACGGUUACGAAUGUAGCAUGGUUGAAGCAAAUGGAAUAACUCAAAGAAGAUGUUGUCCUACAAAAGUAGCAAUAUGCUCCAAACCCCCACAAAUGGGAAUGUUACCAAAAUGCAGUUCAGGAACAGGUCAAACAAGAUUUUAUUUCAAUAUGGCUUUACAAACUUGUUCAUCAUAUACAUCUAAUGGAUGCGAUACAUCUUUAAACUCGUUCGCCAGUAAAGGAGAGUGCGAAGAUUUUUGUCAAUCAGCGGGUUGUGUUCCAGGAGACAGUGUGUACAAGGAUCCCAACUCGAACAAACCAUUCCUGUGCAACACGGCUCUUCAAAAUAAUUGUCCUUCUAAUUAUGCUUGUACUCUCAAUGCUCUCACACAAGAACAUGUGUGUUGCGGUUCCGACAGUAUGGGUGUAUGUCCAUCAGGUGAAAAGGCGUUCAUAGACUCGAGAACAAACACUCCCCGACAAUGUGCGAUGGCUGCAGAUGGAAAAUGUCCAUCCGGGUACUUGUGUCGCUUUUCUCAAACAAAUCACAAAUAUUACUGUUGUGGUAAUGUGAAAGGAGCUUUUUGUCCUGCUGGUAGAGCCCUUUUCCGUUUCCCCACAACUCAACUUCCAUCUCAAUGCCAUAUUUCUGCUUCUGGAAACACUUGUCCUCCAGGAUUCGCUUGCCUAUCAGAUGUUCCAAACGCAUUCCAAGGAUAUUGUUGCAGUACAAACCCCAUUUGCCCUGGCUCUUCUACUUUCCAUCUCGAUGAGAAAACAAUGAUGCCUACCAGCUGUAGUGCCGAAGGAUUUGCGUUUUGUCCUCAAGGAUUUACCUGCCAACAACAACCUGAAGGAAAUGCUUACUACUGUUGCUCUGGGCAGGAGAAAGAAGGAGUUAAUGAUGGAUGUCCUCCAAUGCAAUACGCUUACAUUUUUGAAGGAACUGUAAAGGGAUGUGAUCCAUUCAAUGCUGAUGAGUUGCAAUGCCCAACAGAUUAUACUUGUCAAUGGUCGUUGAAAAAUCAAAAAUAUCAAUGUUGUGGAACACGUCCUAUCCGUCAAGUCAAACCAACUCAUAUUGACGAUGGUUGUCCAGCUAAGCAAUUUGCAAUGUUGGAUAGGAGAAGUGGAAAACCUAGAAUUUGCACAGCCGGAGAGACGAAAAAUUGUCCGAUCGGUUUCUUCUGUCAGUUUUCAGCUCGAAAAAACCAAUUCCAAUGUUGCGGUCAGAGUGCUGGAUGCCCUGCACGUAGGGCAGCUUACAUUGCUGUAGAUGGUAAUGCCCAAGAAUGCAUACCUGGUCCUGAUAUGUGCGCUGAAGGAUAUGAAUGCGUCAAAAGCAGUAUCUAUGAUAAUAAAAACAUUUGUUGUAGCAGAGAAGGAAAUGAAUGCGCUGAAAACGAAGAGUUCAUAAACGGAGAAUGUGUAGUUCGUGUGAAGCCUGGAGGUGCUUGCCACAGAAGUGAAGAAUGUGGAGGCGGAAGUAGCUGUAUCGAUAGUACAUGCACAUGUGAACCGGAGAAAACGAUAAUCAAUGGUAUUUGUACACAGAAAGAAUGCACGGAAAAUCAGAUCCGUCUUAACGGACAAUGUGUCGAUAGGGUUGAUAUUGGCCAAUCUUGCAAAAGUUCUUUACAAUGUGUUUCAAACUCUCGCUGCAUCGCUGGUCGUUGUGAUUGCGCUAAAGGUGAGCACAUUGAAGGAAACAAAUGUGUCAAGGGAGAAGCUAAGGAAAAAGAAGAAAAACCUGAAAUCAAUGUUGCACAAGCUUGCCCUGACCGUUCUAUGAAACCUUAUCUUGAAAAGAAGAAGCUCAAAAGUUGUACUUCUUCAGAAGACUGCCCAACAUCCUAUAGUUGCCAGUUCAGCGAUUCGGCUAAUGAAAGCAUUUGUUGUGGGAAAGAAAAGGGUGAAACUCGUAAAGAAAGACCAAAGGGGAAAUCUAUUACAAAGACUGGUUCCCAUUGUCCCAUCGGAAUGACGCCAUACCUGCUCAAUGGAAAAGCUAAAACAUGUUCUACUGGAUCAUGUCCAUAUGGAUAUAGUUGCAAGCUAUCUGAAGCAUUGAAAGAAUACUAUUGCUGCUCUAAGAAGUUUUCGAAGAAGGGAACAGGUUAUCAUCAGACUGGAGCUGGAUGUCCACGAGGAUCAGCUCUUCUUUACCCCACUACUCAAGAGCCCGUACUAUGUGAGCCAACAACUAAAGGCUGCCCGGCGGGAUAUCUGUGCUUGCAACACAAAUCCAAUAAAUUGUAUCAAUGUUGCUCAGUUGAAGCAGUGCAAUAUCCCACAGAAGCAUCAGAACUGCAUGAAGUACAAUGUCCUUCAUAUAUGGUUCGUGUUUAUCGCGAUGUUAAUGGAGUUACGGAAACAAUGUGUGCUAGAGACUGUCCUAGUGGGCAAACGGCCAUCAAUGGAAUCUGUCAAACAAACACAUUUUUAUAA